UGUCCAGCUGUUAUUAUUAAGAUACAAAAGAAAGAGAGCUACGGGGUAUAUAAUAGUACGUAACGAGUUGAUGCCAGAUUUUCAAAAGUCUACAGGUGUUAUAUUAUCUAUGUAAAUAACAUAUACUUACGUAGAUUGCCCAAGAAAACACGAUAAAAUUAUGAAAAGAUUAUGAUAAAAGGGCGUGUCAAAUUCAAUUUCGAGAGUUAUAUGUGCAUUAAUAUGAUACCUAACUAUUUGAAGAAAAUGGCAAACGAUGAGUGACGAGUGCACAUUAAAAUUUUAUAAUUGAGAACACUGAGAAUUAUUCGCCUGAAUGUGACGACGUGAAUAUGAGUAUGCGCCUAAAGGCGAGAUUGCGGCUCGUGAUAAAUCGUGAAUGCAAAAAAUAUGGAAAUAAGAAAAAAAAAGAGAGUACAGAAAAGAGCAUUCGAGCGGCAGGACAGGUUUCGCAUUUUGUAAUUUACUAAUUGACAUUUAGCACGAUAAGUUUUACGUGUCCCAGGAUGUUUUUUGUAUUUCAUUUGAUCGAGCAUCAAAGGAAUGAGAAAGCAUUACUUAUUAGUUCAGCUUUAUGCUCGACGAGACGCGGAUAAAGAUGAGAAGCAGCCGACUUGUUGGCACGAUGACAAUUUUGUAACAUUGGUGCGCCAGACUAACCAUUAUUAAUUGUAUACUUUACUCGAAUAUGCAUUAUUAAUGGGGAGCAUCGAGAAUAAAAAAAAGAAGGAACUAAACAAAUUAUGAGAAAAAAUUUAAGUAUUUUGCUCACCUUUCAAUUUCUACUCCUUUAUUUAUUGUGUGUAACUUUACACGCAAGCUUAUUCCAUAUUACUUUCUUCUGCUAUUAUGAAUACCCCUUUAAGGAUGAUAUCGUGGCUCGUGUAUACUUUCCAAAAGGACAAUGAGAACACGAAGAUGGAACUUUCUGUUAGUACAAGACAACGUAUUUCCAUAAGGAUAUCGAUCAAAUAUGUGAAUCCCCUUAUAUUCCUUAGGUGUCCCUGAAAGUAUAAUAUGAUCCUUCUUACUGUUUGGGACAUCAGUCUAUUUUAUUCAGAUACACGCACAACAUUGAGGUUGUCGUACAAUUUCUUUAAACUUUAUUUAAUUUUAAAAAAUGUCUACCGAUCGUUCGGAUUCUCGCGGCCCACCUGCGGCGACUGGUUCAGUUUCCAGGAGAAAAAUUGAGAAACCGCCGUUUAAACUUUGUUUCUCGAAACAACAAGAAGCUGGGCGUUCUGACGCUUGUGCUUCUAAGAUAACAGCGAGUUAUAUUACGCCAAAGUUUUAUUCACGUGAAAUGGAGAAAUGGGCUGAUGUCGACGUCAGUAACACUGUUCAAGAAAUAGAAAGGGAGGAUAAUAAAAAGCCUAAGGAUCCGUAUCGUUGGCCUUUACUGACCAGUCACACCUAUGGUUGGUGGCACGAUCGUGGGAUUAAACCAAGAGACCCGAGAUUUAAUUUUCAUAAGAAAACUUCAGACUUGGUGAGUUAUCAAAUGAGAAUUUAUGCAGAGGAUAGAAAACUAAAGGGACUCGGUCAUUGAAUACAUAUACAUGUUAAUUCGUAUGACUUGGUCAACAAAUAAUAUAAUAUAUCAAUUUAUGUAAUAUUUCACAAAAAGAAACUUCCUUCGAAUUAUAUAAAUGUUAAAAAUAGAAUUACACAAAUACACAGCACAAUAACACAAAUGUUAAAAAUAUUAAACUGUGACACACUGAUGUAUAUUUUAUGUUUUUUCUACGUUAAGUAGUUAUAUGAGUCUGAUAAUAAUAGAGAUUAUUUAUAUAACACUUUGAUUGCGCGUAUAGAAUAUAUAAAAGUUGUAUAAAAAUAAUAAAAAUCAAUCUUUUUCAAAUUUAUCUUAUGGUAUGAAACAAUAGA